AUGUUGAAUGACUCGGAGCAGAAGCGAUAUUUCUUGCUACACUCCAAGAUCCGGACCUCCGGCUCCCGGGCCCGCCUGGCCGCGGCCUCCGCAUCCACGCCGCCGGCGCCGGGAGGCGGCCUGUACUCGGCGGAGACCUACGAGCUGACGGUUAAUGUCGACCGCGUCCUGGACGACGUGCGCCCCUACCUCAUCGCCGACGGUGGCGACGUCGGCGUCGUGUCCGUCGAGGACGGCGUCAUCUCCCUCAAGCUUGAAGGAGCGUGCGGCAGCUGCCCCAGCUCGACGACGACGAUGAAGAUGGGCAUCGAACGCGUGCUCAAGGAGAAGUUCGGCGACGCCGUCAAGGACAUCCGCCAGAUGUUCGACGGGGACCAGCCGCCGGCGGCUACGACGCCUGAGGCGGUGAACCGGCACCUGGACAUACUUCGGCCGGCGAUCGCAAACUACGGCGGGAGCGUGGAGGUGCUGGCCGUCGACUGCGAGGACUGCCUGGUGAAGUACGACGGGCCGGAGUCCAUCGGUAGCGGGAUCAAGGCGGCCAUCAGGGAGAAAUUCCCGGACAUCACCAACGUGGUGUUCACUCAGUAGAACACUAUCUAGAUAUGCAUUGCGCAGUCGACAGCAAGUGUGAAGAUGAAUUCAUCAAAUACAUCGAAGCGUCAUACGUGUAAUCUGCAAACGUUGUCAAU